AUGGCGGAUUGGGCAGGUAGCGUGCAGCGUCUUCCUCUGGCGACGCCCAAAGCUAGUAGACAGCGCGAACUAGAGUACACAACUCCAAUGAUGUUGGAAUCUGAGCACCAAGGGAGUGAUGGGACUGCCAUAUUCAAGUUAGCGGGUGGAGGAUUAAGUGAUACCAAUCUCACUCACGCACUACAUUCACGCGUGCUGUCCCAAGCCCGGAGGCUACGGCUGCUGUCGUGGUGUGUGACUGUGGUGGUGAUGAGCAACGACCCCUCCUUCCUUGCUGCCUUUGCGAAGGCGUCAGACAACGAGCGCUUAUUGCUUUGGGAAACGAAGCUGUUAGUAAUAACUAGGCUGGAUAUGCCGUUCCUUCGUAGUCUGAUGCAGGAUUACUGGAGCUUUUCUAUGAUGAAUGCCAUGUUCCUCACGUCGAAAGCAGAAAAAAAUCAUGAAAGGUGCCAGCUUUACGUGCACCUGCCAUAUAGUCCUGCUGGAGCGCAGGUGGUACGGGUGGCCAGCUGGAGUACAGCGCACGGCCUCAUACCAGUUGAUGGACACACCUUCUUUCCCGAGAAAUAUAAUAACUUUCAUGGGAUGACCAUCAAUGUAACUUGGUUCCCAAUGCCACCUUAUUUCAAUGAAAUUGAGUCCUAUUUGAAGACCAGUCAAACGGCCAACUUCACCGGAAGAGGUUACCGAAUGCUAAAAGUCAUCGCGGAAGCCCUUAACUUUACAAUUAAUGUCAUGCCUUUCGAAAACUGGAUUGUUGUAUUCCUGCUCUUAGACCCCAAAUUUGGAAUCACCCCUCCCAAUGCAGAAAUUCUAAGUGAAGGUAAUCCAAAGACUGACUUCACUUUCUACACCAAGGUAAGGGAAAGCCUUAUUAAUCGCAAAGCAUUCAUUCGGCCAAUUAAACUUGCCAUAUUACCACGCUUCGAGAAAUUAUACGACUUUACCAUGUUCAUUGAGCGGGCCACUUUGGGCUUCAGCAUGGUUAAGCCUACCAUCAAACCAAAUUGGCAGAGUCUCUCCUAUCCGCUACAGCCAGAGGUUUGGGGCUCGGUCGUUGCCACAGUUCUUCUAGUGUUCAUCGUCCUCAUGUGGAUGAACUCCAGUGAUGAAAACAAGGGAUCCGAAACAUGGUUGAUAGUGAGGCAGGUGGUUGGGACGUUGCUUGAUGAGGCCAUCACAGGAGAGCUGCCGAGGAGGAGCUCAACACGAGUGAUGUUAACAGCGUGGCUGAUUUUUUCAUUUAUUGUGGGAACGGUAUAUCGGAGUAACCUAACGGCAUCCUUAACAGCGCCGAAGUAUCCAAGUCGUGCGGAGACAUUGGCUGACCUUGUCGCCACAGGAGCAAAAGUGACGAUGCCACCAGAUAUGGUUAACUUUGUCAUCGGUUUUAAGAAAUCAAAUUCCAAACUGUUCAAAGCAGUGAGUGAGAGAGUAGAGUUUGUCGCAUCUUUUAACGACGGAAUAGAGCAAGUCUCCCAGAAACAGAAAAGGCCUAGGCAUGACAUGGACUCGCCAAGAAAAGAAAGGUUAACGAGGACAGUGGUAGUGAUCAACAUGCUUCGCCACGCCGAGUCACUGCACCAACAUAUCAUUUCCUCGGCUGUUAGGAAAAAUGUCCAGUUCAGUGGUUUUAUUAAAAGGUGGACAGUACUGUUGUGCAAGGCUUAUAUUUAUGAGAGGUUGAACAUGAAGGCCUUGAUAGCUGAACACUUCACCAAUCAGAGAGGGUUUACGCCACUCUACGUAGCAAAAGACAACAUCCUUGCUGGUUACUGUGGAUGGCCACUCGCCCCUAACACACCUUUCAAGAAUAAUCUCGACCGCCACAUUAUGGAUUUCCAUGGGGGUGGACUGAUAGAAAAAUGGACAACACAGGUUUUAGAGAGAGCAGGGUUUGACAGUCGGCAAAAACAGAGUAAAGAUGAGGAGAGCAGUAGCAAAUCUCUGCAAGAAACGGAGAUCACCAUGGCUCUUACUUUAGUUCAUAUGCAAGGGCCUCUCUUGCUUUAUAUUGCAGGCGUUCUUCUAUCCCUUGCCGUUUUUCUAGGAGAAAAAGCUGUUAAAUUAUAUUCUUUUAGAGGAAUUUUGUGUUGGUCAGCCACUAAUACUUCUCAUCAUAAAUAAAUUUGCUCCCUUCUCCUCCUUCCCAGACAAAUUUAUUAUUGCUAGCGUUUUCAAAUUUACUUAGUUACUUACCUCCAUUCCCUGAAUUUAGCUGUAUGUACCUUCUCGUGUGCAAGUACUAGACAUUAUUUUCUUGACAUAUCUACUCAAAUCUCAUUGAUGUCACAUCAUAUGUCAAAUUUCUCUCAACAUGCUAGCUCUCUUUGAUAAGACCAUCUUAAUUUUGAUAUCGUUAUAUUUUGUGUAAAAUGUACUGUACCUUUCAUCCCAUGUUUCUGUCAAAGCAAAAGUGGUGCUUGAUAUUUUUUUUACCGUUUUGGCUAUCUUCAGGUAUUGUAGAGUUAAAUAUUGUUUUUAUUCCACUGUUAAACGAUAUAUGCAAAUUACUUUAGAAAAAGAAAAUAAUCAAACACAUAUAAUAUUAAAACUAUAAAAUUAG